AUGAGGAGGUUGUUGCGCGCCCUGCUGGUGGCGCAUAUCCUCUUGGGCGAUGUCUCCAAGGCAGAUGGCGAGGAAGAGAAGGACACCUCCUCAGACGUUAUGGAAGUCAUGGCCUGGUGCAAAGGUGUUUUGCAAGGCCUGGACUGGCCAGCGGUUCUCCGCCUGGCCAAGACGGAGUGCAACUUAGACGCCGGAGAUGACGACCUGCUUCGCAUCGGCUGCACCGAUAUGGGUCUCAUAUCCGCAGUCGAUGGUCUCCGGGCAGUACUCGAGAUCUCCCAGCUGCAGAAGUUGGUCUGUCCGAACGGCCAGGUAUUUCUUCUCGCGGUUUCCUUAGCCUACGCCCGGGAGCAGCUGACGCCGACCGAAGUUGCGAGAGCGCAGGUCCUGCUCUGGAACGCCUUGCAGACCAACUUCAUGCUGGAUGCGAGCGUGUGGCCGGUCAAGACCCACGACGUGCUGUACAUGUUCGACCAGAUGCCCCCGCCGCUGCGGCUGUCGGGCCAAGCCGAUGCACCGCUUGAGGAGGCGGUGACCCUCGUCGUUCCCCGCUGCCCCCCAGAGCUGGUGAAGAUCCUGAAGAAGCGCUUUCCAGGAUUCCCAGCGACAGUCGGCGUCCUUGGCAAG